AUACGUAGAAGCAUUUUUGUCAUCUCGCUAACCACCUUAUCAUUUUACCACUGAUAGGAAUUUACUCCCCAUCUUGGCUUUUAAUCCAUACGAAAGAAAAAAAAAAAAAAAAGAAAACUGGGAAGUAGUACAACUCCUCGUACUGUUUUACAAAGUCUCCUUUAGUAAAUCUAGUUCAUCGAAGCAGCCGCUGCAGCAGAAUGGAAAACAUCCGCGUGGGAUUCAUCGGUCUAGGAAAAAUGGGCUCGGCGUUAGCCUACGGCAUAGAAAGAUCCAAGCUUAUUGGGAAUCAAAAUAUUUAUUACCACACACCAGUGAAGAAGGAAGCUCCCUUCGUUUACCUCCAAUCUAGUUGCCAAGACGUGCGAUAUAAUUGUGCUAGCCGUGAAACCAGACCUUGCUGGAAAAGUACUGCAGGAAAUUCAGAAGGCUCCCUUGUUUUUUGUGCAAAUAAUAAUGUGGACGCAACAGAUAAACAAAAGGUAAUCAAUAUUUUCAGCGGAUGUGGAGUUAUACAAGAAAUAAAAGAAGCUGACAUGGACAUAGCAACGGCCAUCUCUGGUUGUGGACCAGCCUAUGUUUUUUUAUUUAUUGAAAGUUUAAUUGAUGCGGGGGUUAAGAAUGGGCUAAAUAGGGAUGUGUCGAAAAAACUGGUUCUGCAAACAAUCCUUGGAUCCGUUCACAUGGUUAAUGCUUCGAGCCAUCCCGUUCAGCAGCUGAAGGACGAUGUGUGUUCCCCAGGUGGGAUUACCAUCGUGGGCUUGUCCACCCUGGAGAAACACGCAUUCAAAUAUGCAGAGAUGAACUUAAACAUUUGUUCGUCUGAUUUAGGUUAA